AUGCGGCGCCUAACCCGAGUAGCAUUGAGAACUCCAGCUGUGCCAGCCGCCUCACCAGGCAUCGACGUCGUCACGACUACGACAAAGGCACCAGCACCCAAUUUGUCUGGCCCUAAUCAAGGCACUGCAGCACUUAGCGAAAUCAGUGACCGGGACAAGUUGUUUCUUCAACGUGCUGCGAAAGUAGCCUUAAUGCUUUAUGUGGAGAGUGAGACAGCACAGGAGGAGGCAACACGACUGUUGUGUGAACCGGUUGUGGUUCAGGUUCUGCAGCAUGACGCGAAACACGCUGAUGGCGUUGCUUUGCCUUUGCCACGCAAAUAUGAUGUUUUGUUGAGUGACUGUGUUGCGGUGCGCUACGCAAGGCGAUGGGAACGCAAGGGGCGAUGA